CAAAACAAAAGUCUGUCUACUUUGUCUGUUUAAUUGUGCAAUAUUUACUUCAGUUUUUCUUCUGCUGUCGGACAUCUGUGCUUAUUUCUUUUUAAAUAUACCUACUUUGAUUACAUUAUACAAUUUAAUAUUAAAAUGGAGGAAUCUCCCCGAUAUACAUCAGAUUCUUAUAUCCCUUUUCCUAGUGAUGGGAACCUAAAAAAGAGUAAUUCAAAAAAUUAUCAUCGUGGAAGAGGUGGUAAGAAUUUAAUGCAAACGAGUUCUUCAGAAAAUUUCACUGCAAUUCCAUGGAAGAAAUUAGCUCAAUAUUCUUGUGGUGUAGUGGGCCUACAUGAAGAAAUAUGUGAUUUCUUUGAAACAAUGCGUCCUACAGAACAAGAAACAGAAAUCAGGUUAAAGGUUGUUGAGCACAUAACUAAAAUUGUUCAUUCAUUGUGGCCUCAAGCAAAGGUUGAAAUAUUUGGAAGUUUUCGUACUGGACUUUAUUUGCCGUCUGGUGAUAUCGACAUGGUUAUAAUAGGAGAGUGGAGAAAUUUGCCUCUAAGUACUUUGAGUAAAGCUUUAGAAAGUAAUGGUAUAAAGAGUAGUGAUAUAAAUAUCAUAGCCAGUGCUACAGUUCCGAUUGUCAGAGUUUUGCAUACACCUUCAAAAAUAAAAGUAGAUAUCAGUUUCAAUCUGACAAAUGGUGUCAAAGGUGCAAAGAUGCUAAAGGGAUUAAUGAAACAGUAUCCAGCAUUGCCAAAAUUAGUUUUAGUUCUUAAACAAUAUUUAGUUCAAAGAGGCCUAAACGAAGUUUACAAUGGUGGUAUGAGUUCCUACUGUCUCACAUUAUUAAUAGUCAGUUUUUUACAAGGUUAUCAUAAACCAAAAUGUGAGCCUUCUUCAAAUUUGGGAACAUUAUUAAUUGAAUUUUUUGAACUUUAUGGAAUAAAUUUCAAUUACGAGAAAGUAUCAAUACACUUCCAAGAUGGUGGGAACUACCAACCAAAGGCUAGAGGAACUGGUACCCUUCUCAGUGUUGAAGAUCCAUGUAAUCAGGGUAAUGAUGUUGCUAAAGGAACAUAUUUAAUGCACCUUUUAAAAAUGUCUUUUCAAAAUGCUUUCCUUGUUCUUCAUAAAGCAGUGACUGACAGUGCAGCAGUGAAAAGGUCUCCAUAUAGUUUUCUGCAGUUGAUACUUAAAAUUGAUGAUGAAGUUUUACGAGAACGUGAAUGGAGGUCUCGCAGUUAUCAUAGUAUUAUGAGCUCAUUAUCGCUUAUUAGUCUUUCAGAUCCAACAGCAAAGCAAAGUUCUAGUUCUGUUACUUCCAGCCCAAAUUAUUCAAAAAAGAAAAAAACGAGGUGAUCAAUUCAUUUGCAUAUUUAUAUAAUUAAGAAUACAUUGUGCCUUUUACUGCCAUGUAGGGUCAAUAGUGAAAGUCCAAUAUGUUUUACAGCACAAAUAUGUAAAUUGUAAAUAUUGAAUAAAAGUUUUCAUUUAUUUU